AGGCUGUCAGAAACCCAUAGGCAGCUGUGAGGAGCCCCUGCUAUCCACCCUGCCGCCCUCGGCCUUCAGCAGCUCCUCCGCCCUGUCCAGCAGCCACAGUCCUGGGUUCGCCCGGCUCAACCGGCGAGAUGGAGCCGGGGGCUGGACUCCCCGCGUGUCCGACAAGCAUCCGUGGUUGCAGGUCGACCUUGGAGAGAGGAUGGAGGUCACGGCGGUAGCCACUCAGGGUGGCUACGGCAGCUCUGACUGGGUAACCGGCUACCUCCUGAUGUUCAGCGACAGCGGCAGGAACUGGAAGCAGUACCGGCGCGAGGAGAGCCUCCUGGUCUUCCCUGGGAACACGAACGCUGACAGUGUGGUGUUGUACCGGCUGCGGCCUCCACUGGAGUCCCGGCACCUACGCUUCCUGCCAGCCACCUGGCAUCGAGAUGGCCGCAUUGGCAUGCGUGUGGAGCUCUAUGGUUGCACCUACCGAUCGGAGGUGGUGGAUUUCGAUGGCCACAGUUCCCUGAUCUACAGACCCGCUCUGAAUGUCGCGCUCCCAGCGAAAGAUGCCAUUUCUCUGAAGUUCAAGACGAGGCAGAAGGAGGGGGUCCUGCUCCACAGGGAGGGGACAGACGGAGCUCACAUCACCCUGGCACUCGUCCGAGGGCGGCUCUUGUUACUCGGCAGCUCAGGUGGAGCGGCCCCUGCGUCCCUGCAUGCCCCCAGCCCCGCUGCACUGGGCAGCCUCCUGGACGACCAGCACUGGCAUGCUGUCUUCCUGGAGCACGCGGGCCAGCAGGUGACCCUCACAAUAGAUGGCCACACGAGGCACUUCCAGGCACCGGGGGACCUGAGCCACUUGGAUCUUCAUCAUGAGACCAGCUUCGGGGGGAUUUCAGCACCUGGAAAACUGGUGACAUUUCAAAGAAGGCAUUUCCAGGGCUGCUUAGAGAAUGUCCACUUCAACGGAGAGGACAUCAUUGGCUUGGCCAAGCGUCACAGUCCACGGGUCUUCUUUAUGGGCAGCACGUCGUUCUCCUGCUCACAGCCCCAGAUGGUGCCAGUGACGUUCCUGACCCCCCAGAGCUCCCUGGCCCUGACAGGCUUCCCGGGGGUAGAUGGUGUCACUGUUAGCUUCCAGUUUCGAACGUGGAACCAAGCAGGACGCCUGCUGUCCAGCCAGCUUCAUCAGGCUUCUGGGGACCUUCUACUUGUUCUCAGAGAUGGGAGCCUCACACUGAGCCUGCACAGACCUCUGGGACAAGGAGAGAGCAAGAUCACAGCAGGUGCUGGGCUGAAUGAUGGACAGUGGCACUCCGUCUCUCUCGUAGCCAAGAGGAAUCACCUGAUUUUGACAGUGGAUGACGACAUGGCCUCUACCGCCCACGCUGUGGUUCCCGUGGAAAUUGAUUCGGGAGAGACCUAUUACUUUGGUGGGUGCCCUCGAUUGGGCUCUGGGCCUGCGUGUGCACUGACCCUCAGCGGCUUCCAGGGCUGUCUGAGGGACAUCUCCAUCAAUACCCAAGAGGUGGACCUGAUUGCAGUGCAGCUGGGGUCCCUGGGGAACUUCAGCGACCUCCAGGUAGACACCUGUGGCAUCCUGGACAGGUGUUUGCCCAACUACUGUGAGCAUGGCGGCCGGUGCUCCCAGACCUGGAACAACUUCUACUGCAACUGCAGCGGCACCGGCUACACGGGCGCCACGUGCCACCACUCCCUCUACGAGCAGUCCUGCGAGGCCUACAAGCACAGAGGCAACUCGUCAGGGCUCUUCCACGUGGACCCUGAUGGCAGCGGCCCCCUGGAGCCCUUCCUGGUGUUUUGCAACAUAACGGACGCCCCGUGGACUGUCCUACAGCACAACAGCUCCUCGCUCACUCGGUUCCAGGGCGCCAGCCGGGGGCAGCCCCACAUCGCAGCUUUCCAGUACGCGGCCAGCGAGGCGCAGCUGCUGGCCACGGUGUCCCGCGCUGCCCACUGCCAGCAGGAGCUAGCCUACCACUGCAGGAGGUCGCGGCUCCGGGACGGGCCAGGUGGUGCCCCACUGAGCUGGUGGGUGGGGAGAACCAAUGAGACCCACACCUACUGGGGCGGCUCCCGGCCUGGUGUGCAGACGUGCGCUUGUGGACGAGCAGGGAACUGCCUGGACCCGCGGUACUUGUGCAACUGCGAUGCUGACCAGGAUGAAUGGACCAGUGACAGCGGGCUGCUGUCCCACAAGGAGCACCUGCCGGUGACUCAGAUUGUGAUCACAGACACUGGCCGGCCAGGCUCCGAGGCCGCGUACCAACUGGGGGCCCUGCUCUGCCAGGGGGACAGGUCCUUCUGGAACUCCGUGUCCUUCCACACCGAGACCUCCUACCUGCACUUCCCCGCCUUCCAAGGGGAGCUCAGUGGGGACAUCUCCUUCUUCUUUAAGACCACAGCCCCCUCAGGGGUCUUUCUGGAGAACCUGGGCAUCACCGACUUCAUCAGCCUGGAGCUGCGCGCCCCCACGGAGGUGGCCUUCUCGUUCGACGUGGGGAAUGGACCCUGCGAGCUCUCAGUGCGAGCCCCCGGGCCCCUCAACGACAACCGCUGGCACCGCGUGCGCGCGCAGAGGAACACCAAGGAGGCGUCCCUGCAGGUGGACCUGCUGCCCCCCACGGCCCGGGCCGCGCCCGCCGAUGGCCACAUGCUGCUGCAGCUCAACAGCCAGCUCUUUGUGGGGGGCACAGCCACCAGGCAGAGAGGCUUCCUGGGCUGCCUGCGGUCCCUGCAGCUCAACGGGCGGACGCUGGACCUGGAGGAAAGGGCAAAGGUCACUCCGGGGGUGAGGCCAGGCUGCCCAGGUCACUGCAGCACCUACGGUCACCUGUGCCUGCAUGGGGGACGCUGCCGGGAGAGGCCACGUGGCUUCACCUGCGACUGCACGCCUUCCGCCUUCACUGGGCCCUUCUGCUCCGAUGAGGUUUCCGCACAUUUUGGAGCUGGGUCCACGGUGACGUACAAUUUCCAGGAGUAUUAUUCCCAAAGUGCAAACUCCAGCUCCCACGCUGCCUCGUUCCACGGGCAGGUGGCCUUGGCGAGAGAGAUGGUCUCCUUCGCCUUCAGGACGGUGCACAGCCCGAGCCUGCUGCUCUACGUGGACUCUUUCUACAAGGAGUACCUGUCAGUCAUCCUGGCCAAGAACGGGAGUUUGCAGAUUCGGUACAAACUCGAUAUCCAUCAAGAUCCUGAUGUUUUAAACUUUAAUUUCAACAACAUGGCGGAUGGACAACUUCACCAUGUGAGGAUCAGCCGAGAAGCAGGAGUGGUCUUUGUGGAGAUGAACCAGAAAACACGGAGACAAGUGAGCCUGUCCUCGGGCACGGAGUUCCACGCCAUCAAGUCCUUGGUGUUGGGCAGGAUUCCAGAGCCCGGCGGCCACGUGGACGCGGACACGGCGCAGGCGGGUGCUCGGGGCUUCGCCGGCUGCCUGUCCUCCCUGCAGUUCGAGCGCGUGGCCCCGCUGAAGGCAGCGCUGAGCCCCAGGCGGCCCAUGGGGACCUCCCUGUGGGGCCCGGUAGCAGCGUCGCGCUGUGGAGCCCCGGAGGGCACAGCUCGGGGGUACCCCCACGCGUGGGCAGAUGACUCCGGACGGACUGGCGAGGUGGAGCCCAAGUCAGACACAGGCCGGCGGGACUCUGCGGUGAUUGGAGGUGUGGUCGCUGUGGUCAUCUUCGUCCUACUGUGCAUCACGGCUGUGGCCACACGCCUGUACCAGCAGAAGAACUUGUACCCAAACGAGGAGACAAAGUGGCCAGAGGUGCAGGACCCUCCUGAGGGUGUGCGCAGAGGCGACGUCCGUGCACAGGGUGCUGCUGGCGGGAGUCAGAAGGAGGACUUCUUCUGAUGGAUGACGGCCAUGCUGUGAAUGCCCGUGCUGCUGCCUGGUUCUGGAGAGCUGAGGUUCUCCUGGAGCCUGUGACGAUGGCACCAAAGUCAUAGUGCUGCACAGACCCACCGCCCAGAGACACCGAGAGCCUCCGAGUGUCACCAGGCAAUGGAUCCUGUCGCCAUCCCUGUCCGUUUCUAAGACACAGCUGUCACCAGAAGCUGAGGUCUCACUCGCUGAGCGAUGGGCCGUGGGCUCUGCAGGGAGACGUGCUGUGAAGCUCGGUGAGCCUUGGCCCAGUGUUGACACCUGCGCCUGCUGUGGACAGAACUAAGCACCUUCUUCAUCGUAUCUGUUGAGUACACUAUCUCCUCCUGAGCCAUAACCCAGUGGCCAAAAAUAA